CUCCUCACCCCACCCCUCUCUAUAAAUGAAAAGCCUCUCUUUAUCACCCCCUUCAUUUUUUAUCUCUAGGGUCUCUGCCGCCGAUCCACCGCACAGAAGUCGCCAUGGGUAGAAGACCUGCAAGGUGUUACCGCCAGAUCAAGAAUAAACCAUACCCAAAAUCACGAUACUGCCGUGGUGUGCCUGACUCUAAGAUUAGGAUUUAUGAUGUUGGGAUGAAAAGGAAAGGAGUUGAUGAGUUUCCAUUCUGUGUGCACUUGGUGUCCUGGGAGAAGGAGAAUGUCUCCAGUGAAGCUCUUGAAGCAGCACGUAUUGCUUGCAACAAAUACAUGGCCAAGUUUGCUGGAAAAGAUGCUUUCCAUUUGAGAGUCAGGGUUCAUCCUUUCCAUGUCCUGCGAAUCAACAAGAUGCUUUCAUGUGCUGGAGCUGAUAGGCUCCAAACUGGUAUGAGAGGUGCUUUUGGUAAACCACAGGGCACUUGUGCUAGAGUUGCUAUUGGACAGGUUCUUCUUUCUGUUCGUUGCAAGGACAGCAACAGUCACCAUGCUCAGGAGGCUCUGCGCCGUGCAGAAUUCAAGUUCCCUGGUCGCCAAAAGAUUAUUGUCAGCAGGAAGUGGGGUUUUACCAAGUUCAAUCGCACUGAUUAUUUGAAGUUGAAAGCUGAGAAUAAGAUCAUGCCAGAUGGUGUGAAUGCCAAGCUUCUUGGAUGCCAUGGACCCUUGGCCAACCGUCAACCUGGAAGAGCAUUCUUGCAAGAAACAGCAUAGGAUCUUUUCUUUCUGGAAGGAACUUUCAUUCAUUUCUUAACGUCGGAGGAAUUUAUCCAUUACUGUUUUUGUUUUAGUUUCGAAUAUUGUCAAGCUUGUUGAGUUUCAUCGAAACUGUACUUGGAGGAUAUGAUAUGAAAUUCAUGGUAUGUAGUGUGUUUUUUGCAAUAUUUGAAUCAGAUUUGUGAUAUCUUUUUGGAUUCA